UAACAAAACCCGUCAAACAUAAAGUCAACAAACGUCUUUCUUCCCGCCAUGACAUCCCUCUAUCCACCACCAACCCUAUCCAUUUUUUCCCCCAAAAUUCUCAUAAAACCUAAUUUCCAACCACUCAGUCUCCGCCCUCUCGCCGCCGUCUCGUCAAAUUCCAACCACGAAACCGAACGAGGCUUCGAUUUCCAAACAGGCGACACUUUCUUCCGCCACGAAAGCGCCACGGGCCGAGACCUCGGUGUCCUUGCCGCGGCUCUUCACAAAAGGUCAAACGGUCAACUCCGAGUCCUCGACGCAAUGUGCGGUUGUGGAAUCCGGUCUUUGCGUUACUUGGCUGAGUCCAAAGCUGAUUUUGUAUUGGCUAAUGAUGCAAACGAGGAAUGUAAUGGUGUUAUUGUUUCGAAUUUAUCGAGUGUUUCGAGUGAGAGUGAAGGGAGGUGGAAGGUUAGCCAUUCGGUUGCGAAUCGAGUGUUGGCUGAGAAAUAUAUUGAGAGGGAUUUUUAUGAUUUUAUUGAUGUUGAUUCUUUUGGAAGUGAUUCUAGUUUUUUUAGGUUUGCUUUUGAUACUGUUAAGUUAGGUGGAUUGCUUUAUAUUACAUCUACCGAUGGCUUUUCGUCCGGUGGCCAUCGCCCUAACCAUUCUUUAGCUGCAUAUGGAGCGUAUAUUCGCCCCCUGCCAUACUCAAAUGAAAUUGGUUUACGGAUGGUUAUAGGUGGUGCUAUGCGGGAGGCUUCAGUAUUAGGUUAUCAUGUUUCACCACUUUUCUCAUACUAUUCAUACCACGGGCCUGUCUUCAGAGUAUUGCUACGCCUUAACCGAGGAAAGCCACCCCAUGGCAUGCAAUAUAGGUUUAUUUGUUACUGUGAAUCUUGUGGUCACUCUCAAGCUAUUUCAUGGGAGAAACUUGGUCAAAUAACCUGCCCCUGUGGAUCAGAUGUACCUGAUUCACUUGUUGUCUCUGGGCCUCUAUGGACAGGGCCUCUUCAUUGUGCAUCCUAUCUUACAGAAAUGCUUACUCUUGCUGGAGAAUGGGGAUGGUUGGGUGAUGGUACAAAAAAUGAUCUUGAUAAGUUAUUAAGGCGGAUGAUUGAUGAAAGUGACCCAAGUUUAUUAUUUGGUUACAUCCAACUUGAUGAGAUAGCGAGUCGUGCUAAGGUCAAUUCUCCUCCAAUCUUGACAAUAAUGAAUGCCAUCCAGCAGGAGGGAUAUGCUAUUAGUAGAUCACACAUUUCCAACAAUGCAAUCAAGACAAAUUGUCCCAUGCCUGAGUGUAUCAGGAUAGCGAAGGAAAUCCAACGUUGCUGAGUUGUUUAAAGAUAGACAACCAUCCUUGUUAUUCCUGAGAAUUGCACAAUUUUGACAAUAAUUUAGUUGCAGAGUCUUUAAUGGGUGUUUGUUGGAUUGCAAGGCCUGAAUUUCAGUGCUCCAGUAACGAACUUGGAAAAUGUAGUUUAUGCUUGAUUGAAAAACAUUUUGGAGCCAUGAUUCUAAACGGAGUAAUAUAAAAGCUCUAACUUGCACCUGUCAUUACUAUGUAUUUAUGUAAUUAUGUAUGAUGAAACAUAGGUUUGGGUUUGGAUAUGGUUACGUUUAGGGUUGGAGUUGCUUGUAACUUGGUUGUAUUCAUAUUUAUUUUCAAAUAAGUAAUAGGAGUACCCUGAACUUUUUUUUUUUU